ACAAUUCCUGACCGACGGCCGCUUGCAUCGAAUGUGUCAAAAGAAGGAUUUGAAUGUUUUGCUUUAGUUUUCAGCGCGACCCCAGCUAGUUUUUUUUUCAUUUAUCUGUCCAUUUCCACGGAAAAAUCUGGGUCCCCAGUGAACGAAGGCAAUGUCGCAUAGUUCCAGCAGCGAGGAGCAGCGUUUCAACGCUUUCUACAGUGAGGUAAAGCAAAUCGAGAAACGAGACUCAGUGUUGACGUCUCAGCAGCAGAUUGAACGGUUGCUUCGUCCGGGUGCAACGUAUUUCAAUUUGAAUCCAUUCGAAGUGCUACAGCUGGAACCGGAAACUCCAAUUGAGCAGAUCAAAAAGAAAUACCGCAGUUUGUCGAUUCUCGUGCAUCCGGACAAGAACCCGGAUGAUAAGGAUAGAGCUCAACAAGCGUUUGAGGUCAUAAGCAAAGCGUACAAGGUUCUGGAAAAUGAUCUUACCCGUAAACGUUGCCUGGAAGUAUACGAGGAGGCGAAGGGUAGAACUGACAUGAUGAUUAACGAGAAACGAAAAAAGCUGCGUAAGGAUGGGAAAUCUGACUUCAUUCCGGAAGAUGAUCCAGCCAAAUACAAACACGCCGUCUACGUUAUGGUUAUGAAAUUGUUUGCGGAUAUGGAACGCCGUCGUCAGCAACUGGAUGUUCGCGAUCAGGAAGAACGCAAGCGAAAACGUGAACAGGAAAUUGAAGAAGAGGAACAACGUAACUAUCAAAAGGAAUGGCAGAAGAAUUUCGAGGAAUCUCGUCAGAAUCGGGUUACUAGUUGGCAAAGCUUCCAAGCAAAUGCCUCUACUUCGUCAUCUUCUGCUGCCACGUCAUCGGCGAUGUUAAAACCCGAAAAGCCGAAGAAGGUCAAGAAAACUAAAUACACUUCGUUCAACCCACCCAAAAUCAAGCCGGAAUCGCGAUAAGCCACGACAGGGAUUUUUUUUUAUUUUUUUCACUAGUGCUUAUUCAUUCCUGUUCUUCGAUUCUACAGAUUGAAGAGUCAAGGAUAUAUUUUUUUUUCUGAGUGAUGAAUGGAAGCGAACCUACACAAGCGACACGAUUAUUGUUUGAUACUUUUAGAAUCCCGUACAGAUGUCGAAAUUCGUCUUUUAUACUAUCCUAUUUAAGGCAUAAGAAGGAAAAUAAUGCAUUUUUCUAUCGCACUAAUAACGUAUUGCUAUCUAGCUUUGGUGAGAUAACUACGAACCGAUUGCGAUAGCCAGAUUUAGGUUACGGCGAUGCAAUCCGAAACAGAUGAAGCAGUGUAGACAUGUUAAUGCACAGCAGACGGCUUGAAAUGUAUUACGAAAUAAGACAGAAUUUACAUUAGUAAUGGAAUACAACAACAAAAUACAA